GUCUCUGAUUUUGCCUUUCAGAKUGAUCCCCAGCACUGACUACAAUGCCAUCAGCCCUGGAGACAGGAGAGGAAGGGGAUGUCUUGCGCUAUGAGGAAGCAGAAGAUGACAGUGUCAGUGGGGUGAAAGGAGCUCUCCUGUUUGCCUGCAGCCCCAUGGACCUUUCGGAGCUGCUGAAGGAGGGCACAAAGGAAUCGCACGACCGUGCAGAGAACACUCAGUUUGUCAAGGACUUCCUGAAGGGAYGGAUCAAGAAGGAGCUCUUCAAGCUGGCCACUGUGGCCCUGCACUUCACCUACUCUGCUCUGGAAGAGGAGAUUGAUCGCAACAAAAACAACCCAGUCUUUGCUCCUCUGUAUUUCCCUGUGGAGCUUCACCGGAGAGAAGCGUUGGCCAAAGACCUCAAAUACUUCUAUGGAGAAGACUGGAAAGAAAAGAUCCAGUGUUCAGAGGCAACUCAGCAAUAUGUGGACAGAAUCCAUCAUGUGGGACAACACGAGCCAGAACUGCUGGUGGCUCACGCKUACACACGCUAUAUGGGGGACCUCUCAGGUGGCCAGGUGCUGAAGAAGGUAGCCCAGAGGGCCCUGAAGUUGCCCAGUACUGGGGAAGGGAUCCAAUUCUACGUGUUUGACAACGUUUCCAAUGCRCAGCAGUUCAAGCAGCUUUACAGAGCAAGAAUGAAUGCCUUGGACUUGGAUAAGAACACUAAGGAAAGGAUAGUGGAAGAGGCCAACAAAGCCUUCAGAUUUAACAUGCAGGUGUUCAAUGAGCUGGACGAGAUCGGCAGGUCACUGGCAGAAGAAGCCCAAGAUGGAGGCUUUCCAGUCCACGAUGGAAAAGGAGAYAUCCGCAAAUGCCCCUACUACGCAGACAAACUGGGCACAGCAAGCCCUGGCUGCCCCUUCCACACCGCCAUAGRCCUGGCCAGGCAGCCCCUGGUGCAGCUGGUGCUGGCAGCCUGUGUGGCCSUGGCAGCAGGAGCUGCAGCCUGGUACAUCCUGUGAUGGGCACAACGUGGCUCUGCUUGCGGGCAAGGGGAGAGAUGUGCCCUGCCCAUUUUCAGACCUUUCCCUUGCUGGUGGUGAGUUGGCUGCAGAGUGGGAGUGAGGAAAUAAACAGGAAUCCUGCGGGACUGUCCAAGCCUCCUUGCACACGCUGUAACACCACGUCUUUAGCUGACAUGCACAGGACUGGCCAGUGUGAGGAGGUGAGGAUUCUACUGCAGCACUGGGACAGCUUUUAAGGCUAGAGAUGUCCUAUCCUGACAAAGGCUUCACAUGCUUGGCUUUUCAUCUCCGUCCCUGGAGCAGUGUCUGGAGGGGGUUUCCUGCCCUGGAUUGCAUCCCCAGAAUGUGUCAUCAGCCUUUUCAGCAACAAGCACUUGCUUUCCUACCCUGAGAGGCUGAGGCUGUGCUAUGGGGCUAUUAGCUCAAAGCAGUGUCCUGUUUGGUGUGAUGUCCUGGAGACCAAAUCUGACACCUGGUGGAGGGAGCUCCCUGGGUCUGGGGGCAGGAUCAUGGUGGGGUAUGGAGGUGACAGAUGUGUACUGUGCAACUUUGGGUUGAGGGUUGGUUAUUGGUUACUUUUCCUGAAGUCUUGACUGAAAUAAAAAGUUGCAACGCUGUA